AUGACAGGCAUCGAAGUGGGAGAAAGAGAAGAGGAAAGGAACAUCCUUGAAUCUAAAAUUAAUUCAGAACAACCAUCAGCAGCAUUUCAACAACAACAUAAAAACGGUACCUUUCUUAAUGAAAACCGAGAAUCAAAGACGAUCGACGAACGGUUGGCUGAGUUAGCGGUAGAAAGUAAGGAUGGAACCCGAAGAAGACCUUUAGAAGGCAUGGUUAGGAGACACCUACCCGGGAUAAUAUUGAAACCAGUUGAUAACCCCACUACAGAGGUGAAAAAACCGGUUCCGGUAACCAUAUUCGAACCAAGCCAAGAAGAAACAAUUAACGGACGAAACGACCCUUUGAUUGGUCUUAAAUUAGAAAAUCUCCAAAAUAAACUUCAGAACUUACAGAUUGAUAGAUUCCAAUGGGGUAGAAUAGCAUCAUUCUAUAUAAGUGGAGAUUUGAUUGGACCAUAUAGGGACAGGGUGGAAAAUCCCGAGGAUAAGGAGAAGGGAAUACAGUGGCGGGAUGUUGCGCUUUUAAUUGCAGAGUAUUCCCCAUUAGCUUUUAUUGGACUUGAGAAUUCUAGAGCAUUUUUUGGGGCCAUGCCCGAACCAAAUCAGAAUGUGAGUGAUUUUAUUAGAGACUUGAAAUUUAAAUCAAGACUUAUUCCGAAGUAUCAGAAUAAGUUUGUUAUGGUCAAGUAUGUUGUUCUUUCUAAAUUAAUUGGAAACUUUCGAGAUAUCAUUGAUCUUUAUGAUUUUGUAAAUGCGAGGGAGGAUGAUUUCUUUCCAUUGAUAGAGACAGCAUUUUCUAGUAAAACAUUUCCCGAAGAUAUCAAGUGUUGA